GGAAAAUGGAUUAAUUUAUAGUGUACGGUAAAUAUCACAAGCGCGAUGACCAUUUCGAUAGUAUGGAAAGUUCGUCUUUAGAAUCUGACAGCACAGAAGUUUUCCCUGAAGGUACGAAAGGGUUUUCGAAAAAAAAUAUCAGUACACAAGUGAAUAGUGUUAACGGAACUAGAAACAGGAUUGGAAAAGACAAGACCAAAAAGGGUGAAAAGUCAUACAAAGUAAGAAAUGGGUCGCAAAGGUAUCCUUUCUCAGUAUCCGUACAAAGAAAGGGAAGCCAUUACGCAACCGGGGCCCUAAUCGAGAAGAAAUGGGUACUCACUGUCGCAGGAGAAUUUUAUAAUGUUCUUUACAGUGUGAGAGAAUCAAUAAAGUUCUUCAGGGUGCGGCUGGGUACAGUGAAUUGCAAGAAAGGAGGUGUUUUGUUACCUAUCAAAGGAGUAGAGAUCCAUCCAGCUUAUUCAUACAAGAAUCCAACGUACGACGUCGCGUUACUCCGUUUAGCUGUUCCCGCUGAAUAUAGUGAUACAUUAAAACCGAUUCCUUUGACUAGAAUCAAAGGGAAAGUUCUAAGCGCAAAGUUCCUGGCAACCUAUUGGCCGAGGUUAAUCGUCAGAGGGCAGGUGCUUCCUUCAUCAGCGCAAGAGCGUGUCCAACCCAACAGCAUGCGGGUGUCGACGCAGAAAAUGAUACCUUGGAGCUGGUGCCAGAGUCUCAUGUCCACGCUGAACCAGACACUGGAUGAGUCUAGUCUAUGUCUGGAUCCUAUCAUGUCACAUCAUAGUUUGUGCCUGCCUGACGCAGGUGCGCCAGUGACAGCUGACGAUGGAUUAUGGGGCAUCACAUCUGGUUGGACAUCAGACAACUGCCUCGGCAACCCGAGCCCUACCAUCUUCACACGGGUCUCUUCACCAGUCGUGAGGGCUUGGCUCGACUCCCAGUUGACCACCCUUUGA